AUGUGGCUUUGGAGUGGCGCAGAAAUCACAGCAUUCGGCUCCCAGAAGUGCCCUGAGUCUCACGUCCGCCAGGUGCUGUGUGCUCUGGAUGAGGUCUCCAGGGCCCCUGUGCUGGACCAAGCUCGUCGGAGUGCCCCGCCGUUGCUCCCCGUGCUGCACCUUUACUGUGACACGUGCUCGGUGCCCAUCUGCCGGGAGUGCACGGUGGGCCGGCACGGCGGCCACAGCUUUGUCUACCUCCAGGAGGCGCUGCAGGACUCACGGGCACUCACCAUCCAGCUGCUGGCUGACGCCCAGCAGGGCCGCCAGGCCAUCCAGCUGAGCAUUGAGCAGGCCCAGACGGUGGCCGAGCAGGUGGAGAUGAAGGCAAAGGUGGUACAGUCGGAGGUCAAGGCUGUGACUGCAAGACACAAGAAGGCCCUGGAGGAGCGGGAGUGUGAGCUGCUGUGGAAGGUAGAGAAGAUCCGCCAGGUGAAAGCCAAGUCUCUGUACCUGCAGGUGGAGAAGCUGCGGCAAAACCUCAGCAAGCUGGAGAGCACCAUCAGCGCCGUCCAGCAGGUGCUGGAGGAGGGCCGGGCACUGGACAUCCUGCUGGCGCGCGACCGCAUGCUGGCCCAGGUGCAGGAGCUCAAGACCGUACGCAGCCUCCUGCAGCCCCAGGAGGACGACCGGGUCAUGUUCACGCCCCCCGACCAGGCGCUGUACCUUGCCAUCAAGUCCUUCGGCUUCGUCAGCAGCGGGGCUUUCGCGCCACUCACCAAGGCCACGGGUGACGGCCUCAAGCGCGCCCUCCAGGGAAAGGUGGCCUCCUUCACUGUCAUCGGCUAUGACCAUGACGGGGAGCCUCGCCUCUCGGGCGGCGACCUCAUGUCAGCCGUGGUCCUGGGCCCUGACGGCAACCUGUUUGGCGCCGAGGUGAGCGACCAGCAGAACGGGACAUACGUGGUGAGCUACCGGCCCCAGCUGGAGGGUGAGCACCUGGUGUCGGUCACCCUGUGCAACCAGCACAUCGAGAACAGCCCAUUCAAGGUGCUGGUCAAGUCUGGCCGCAGCUACGUGGGCAUCGGGCUCCCAGGCCUGAGCUUCGGCAGCGAGGGCGACGGGGACGGCCGGCUAUGCCGGCCGUGGGGCGUGAGCGUGGACAAGGAGGGCUACAUCGUGGUGGCCGACCGCAGCAACAACCGCAUCCAGGUGUUCAAGCCCUGCGGCGCCUUCCACCACAAGUUCGGCUCGCUGGGCUCCCGGCCCGGGCAGUUCGACCGGCCGGCCGGGGUGGCCUGUGACGCCUCCCGCAGGAUCGUGGUGGCAGACAAGGACAAUCAUCGCAUCCAGGUCUUCACCUUCGAGGGCCAGUUCCUCCUCAAGUUUGGCGAGAAGGGGACCAAGAACGGGCAGUUCAACUACCCCUGGGACGUGGCGGUCAGUUCCGAGGGCAAGAUCCUCGUCUCUGACACCCGGAACCACCGCAUCCAGCUCUUCGGGCCCGACGGGGUCUUCCUGAAUAAGUACGGCUUCGAGGGGGCUCUCUGGAAGCACUUUGACUCCCCGCGGGGCGUGGCCUUCAACCACGAGGGCCACCUGGUGGUCACCGACUUCAACAACCACCGGCUCCUGGUCAUCCACCCCGACUGCCAGUCGGCCCGCUUCCUGGGCUCAGAGGGCACCGGCAGUGGGCAGUUCCUGCGCCCGCAGGGCGUGGCCGUGGACCAGGAGGGGCGCAUCAUCGUGGCCGACUCCAGGAACCACCGGGUACAGAUGUUCGAGUCCAACGGCAGCUUCCUGUGCAAGUUCGGCAGCCAGGGCAGCGGCUUCGGGCAGAUGGACCGCCCCUCUGGCAUCGCCGUCACGCCGGACGGGAUGAUCGUGGUGGUGGACUUCGGCAACAAUCGGAUCCUGGUCUUCUGAUCACAUCUCCUAGGCGUCUGUGUUCGGGGUGUGCGGUGUCCGUCUCUCUCGCUCUCUCUUUCUGUCUUUAUCUCUCCCCUCUUGAAUUUCAAAGAAGAAACCGUCUCAGGGAAAUUUCUUUUUUUCUUUUGUUGAAAGAGAACAAGAAAAGUACAACAUUGCUUACGUCCUACCUCAUCUUUAUUUUUUUACAGAUGAAUGUACUUACCUUUUCUGCAGGGAUUGAGCCUGUGAAGUGGUGAUUUCUAUCUACCUCAGAAACCUUUAUGUCUCCUUCUCCAGCAGGCCCUCUGCCCUCCACCCGCCCCCCACUCAGCAGAGCCCACAUCCCUUCUCCCUCCGCCGGGCGGGACGUGCACAAGACUGGCGUCUCUGUGGCUGGAAGGGCGCUGGAUAUGUGCGGUGGGGUGCAUUCUGUAGAUUGAGCCAAGGAAACACGAGAAAACUACUAAGAAAAAAAACCGAAAAACUAUAAAACGGGGAAAAAUAGGAUUUAAGAUGCUUAAUUGUAGUGUAUUUGUGUUCUUGAGAAUACUGUGUUUAUGGGGUUAGGUUGUGUUGUGUGAUCUUGAUCUUUUGGGGGAUUUUUUUUUUAAAGCUGCAACAGAGAACUUUCCUGUGUUCUCAUUUUAUACCUCAGUGUGUUUAUCAGCUUGUUCAGCAUUAGCAUCUUUUCUUAUUCCUGGAAGGGGUGGCUGUGGCUUGCUAGCCAAGAAAAGCAGACUGUUCAUAUUUUAGGGUAUGUAAUCUUUGUUUCUUUUAAGGGAGGGGGUGUGUGUGUACGUGUGUUGAGGGGGCGUGAAGCCACCUUACACCAAAAUAGUAAAACUGAAAAUGAUAAACCACCUCCCAAAGAACUUUUUCUCUUCACAACUUUGGUUUCUAAAAAAAUAGAUGUAGUUUAGGAAUUUUGAUUUAAAGUAUUCUCAAAAAGUUAAGUGUUUUUAGUUUGCUGUUGGUUAUAAAGAACUAGGAGGAAGAAGAAAAUUAACCUCCUUCUCAGAAAGAGGGAUUUCGGACACAGACUGGCAUGUGGACGAGAGCGGGCGGGCGUGUGCUCAGUCCGUCAGCAGAGAGCAGGAGAAACAGGCAAGGUACCCCCAGACUGCGGAGGGCAGGCACGGUCUGGCCCUCCCCUCGGUUGAAUGUUGUUCUGUUAAUGCCAGGCAUUUCUGUUCCUAAGAAGAGUAGGCAAAGGAAUGCAGUUUUGUUUUAUAAGCACAAUUUUUCCCGCUUUGGAAGUUCAGGGAAGUAGGAUGUUUGCAGAUCAGGUUCAUAGGAACAGCCCACCCCCACACCCUCUGCUCAGGUCACUUUUACAGAGCAGUCUGCUCCCCCCCGAGCCCUGAUGGGGGUCUCGUGGUUAACGUGAAUAUCCCUCCUCACCCCCUCUAAGGCCUUUGAAUGUAAAGGAUUUGUAAACCAAAUUGCCCCAACCUGAAACAUAGGACAUGAUCUUUUCUCCAACCUCUGUCUCGGUACCAAAGAAAGAAAACGUAAGUCAGGUUCCCGCUGUAGAACUGUGGGCCGGCAUCUGUCACUUUACAGGGUUGGUUCUUAGUGAGCUGGACUUGGGUGCAGAACCUUGUGCUUCUGGGCGUUAGCUGUCUUUCAAAUACUGAAAUAAGAGCCAAAUUCCAGAGCAGCACGCCCCAGGAGGACAAGGCGCUCUCAGAUGACAGUGGCUUUCCAGUGACACCUCUUGUUUAAAUAAAAAGACUUAACAGAUCAGUUUCUUCUCCUAUAUCGAAGAGAUUACUCUUGUAACAUGGAUGUAGUUUCUACCGAACAGAAUUCUGAUAAGUGAAACAGUUGUUUUUGUCGUCCCCAAAGAAAAGGGGAUGGUGUGGAAGAGUGUUUGCCAGCAAAGCACAUUGCGUUUCCCAACACGCUCUUGUGGGCAUUUCAUUGGCCACUUCUUAGCCCCCAUCUCUUCCCGUGGCUUUAUUCUAGGGUUGCUGAGCGACACAAAUGGGGAGAGCUCGUUUCAUAAAGGCGAACUGCAUGCAGGAGAGGAUCCAAAAUCCGGAAAGUAGCCUCGAACUGCUGCCUCCCAGCUGCUGUGUCCCAGGCUGGGGAGGCCUCUGCAGAUCUUGCUUUUUGUAAAAGCGCCUCUUCUUUUUUGAAGUUAACAAUCCAUCUUUAAUUCCUUCAGUUGCCUUUUGUGUUUCUCCAGAGUUCUUUGACUGGUCAAGAGCUCAUGUAAUUAAACACUUCUACCGUUUUUUCUUCUGGAAUAACAUGGUGCAGACCCUCCAUCCCUCAACCUCCCUGCCCCCGCAACCAGUCACCCUUUAAACACCAAAGACAACUGGUUUUAAAUGCUUGAAAGUUUUUCUUAUUGAAUCAGUGCAUCUAGAACAUUCUUUAAAGUGUUCUCAGAGUCACAAGUAUGGCUGGGCUGAGUCAUUUCAGGUAGUCACUGCCUUGGAUUAUUCUGUCUUCAUUUUUCAUCUCCACUCUGAACCUUCCUUCCCAGUGUCCCCAUACGUGGGAAACAGUGGGACCUGAGUGGGAAAUUUUCUUGGUGGGUAGCAGCAACUAAAACUACGUAUUUGACAUUUUUCUGUGGAUUUGGUUGGUUGUCAAGCCAGCGUUUCCAUGCAUGGCUGAAAUCAUGAGGGCUUAAAUUAAUAGACAGUCCAAUUUGUAGGCUUCAAGCUAGCAGGUGUCCCCCGCCCCUGAGCAUGCAGGUGGGCGAUGCCGCCUUGCCCUCCGCAGUGGUACCUCUCCUUACCUCUUUGCACCCAGCGUGGUGUAUCACUGCCACUUGAGAAACAGGGUCACACUUGGGAAGCUUUUGUUUCUAAAACAUUGCCAUCUGUGGCUGCCGCCAAUUGACUCCUGACCCCCAGGAAUUGGUGCGAAGCACUUUGGAGUGUGUUUCCUGUAUGAUGUGGAAUGCUCCAAAUGAAAGAAAGAUAAGAAAAGCCAACGUUUGGACCUCCCUAGUGUGAGGGAGGCUGUUUAGAAUAAAUGUAUCUCAUUGCGUUCCUUCUGCCCAUUGUGAGGUGUUGCUAGGGGAGCAGGAAUUGUGUGGAAGAGGGAGUCUUUAACGUGGUGAAAACACAAGGCCCUGGGUGCUGUGAGGGAGGAGGAUAAAAUGUUUCUAUUGAGGAAAUGGGAUAGUUGGACAAUUAUCCGCAUGUAUGUCUGAUCCAGCCAGGUGGUGGGGUGGGGUGUAAGCUCAGUUUCUGGUUUGAGAUGCCAGUUGGAUUUGGAUAGAUAGGUUUGGGCUUUGAGAUGGCUAAAGGAAAUUAACCCACAGAUAAAAACCACUUUGGUUAACACUGACAUUUCAAAAGUGCUACUGGUUUUUUUUGUUGUUGUUUUUGCUUUUUGUUUUUUUGUUUGUUUGUUUGUUUGUUUCCUUCCCAUUAUUCCUCUGUGAAUUUGGUCAUGAGAAGCAGUGUGGUCUCAGAACCUGUGCUGUGCGGUGGCUGCCAGGUGGCAUGCGAGUUGUCUGGAGCCCAGUGGCCCGGACAGGACCCCAAGUGCACUGACUUGGACGGAUGGAUGGAUAGGAUACCCUUUUAAGUCUAACUUAUUUGGGGAAUCAGGGAACCACAGAGAAGGGUACCAUAAACAGAAUCUAAAUUAUGCACUGGGCCAAAAAACAAGUUGCCAGAUUGAAGGCACUUUGUGAUGGAGUUGUAAGGGUGGUGGGGGUUUGGCUCAGUCUAUUUUUUCUAGUUAAGCCAAAGCUUAAUGGUUUGACGGGGGGUGGGUGGGGGCUGGGGGGAGUGUUUUAGGCUUGAAGCAGCAGAAUCCUAUUGUGUGUGUGUUGUCUUCCUCUUUGGAAGAUUCUAAGAUGCUGUGUUCUGGUAGAUAGCAAAAGAGAUGCCAAAGUUACGGGCUUGUUUUUCUGUUUAAAAAGAAAAAAUCCAGUGGUGCCAAAAUGUAUUUAUUUACAUCACUCUCAUUGAGUUUCCAACAGUCUGGGGCUGUAUAAAAAUCUAAGUCUUGUACUCGCGUGUGAUGGGAUCGCAGAGACGGGCCCUCCAGAGGCCCCAGCUUUCUCCGGCUGCCUGCGGGCCAGGGCACAGGACACGCCCCCACCCCGUUUGCUUUUGUUUAGUUUCUACCUCACUUUUGGCCAGAAAGUCAUCUACCUCAUGUUAACAUCUGAUUGGUCUCUGAAGAGUGUUAAUCCACCGGGGGAUGGGUGGGAGUGGGGAGCUACCUCUGGAAGGAAAUACUUAUGUAAAUCCAAAACUGACGUUUCCCGGGAGAAACGUUUGAUUGACCUUGAGAAAGAAACUUUGAAACCAAACAUUCCUAUACUCAGGCAAGCGUAGUCAUAAAUCCAAGUCUUACCAAUCUGGCCUUUCCACCCCCACCCACCCGGCUAGGAGUCACGCACACCAUUACCACGUGGUUCAGUAUUAGGAAACUACUGGUCCAUCUGACCUACUUGAGGAUUUAACUGCAAAUGAAGACCUUUAGGUCUUUUUUUUUCCUCUUCAAGAGGAAAAUAUUUUAUCUGUAUUUUGAAUGUCUGCUAAUACACCCUUUUGGGAGCAAUUCUAAGGGUCUCGGGAACAUCACUUAUUUGAAGGGAAUGCGCGUCCUUUGGACCUCGUGAUUGUAUUUGUACCUUUUCUGGACCUAGCAGGAUGUUCCUCAUCAUGACAUUGGAACAGUCACUGCUUCACUCAGUGCGGACCAUGCCCUGUGUGUUCUUUUGUUUUGAGGUUGGUUGGUGGGUUCUUUUAUUUGCUUUUUUCCUCCCCCUACCAAAGGUAACAUGUUCUUUGACGGGUUGUUCUUGUCCUUUGCUUGUUGAAGAAAUACUUGAUAAAGUUGAGAAGCACAUUACCAUGAUAUACUGUAUGGCCUCUCCCACCUCCCUUCCCCUCCCAGCUCAUUUUGGUUUUGGUUGGAAGAGAGGGUCCCAAGACCACUGUCAGUCUUGUGAAUUUGGUUUCAAAUGUCAUGGUGAAGAAAUACCUCAGUGAUGCCUAAUUUUAAAACUGAUCUUACGGGUUAACAAGCCAGUCUGGUGGGAUGUUUUCCAUCAUCAUUUAACCAGUAAUGGUUCUAAAAGUUUGUGUAUCCACAUGGUCGUAGACCUCCUUUUAAUGAUUGUAUUAACUUACAAGCUCAGGUAGUAUUUCUCUUAAGGCUCUAUCUCAGAGCACACUGACUGAAUGUUAAUGUGUGUAGCAAAGUGUUUACUUUCUUUAAAUAACCAGCUCUGGAAUAGUUCUUUGUGUUUCUAGCAUUCUGUGUAGUUGUCUUUUCAGAGGAAGAUUUUUUCACAUUUCUGGGGUGUUCUUAGGGCGGUAAAAUUUCUUACUCCCCCCCCCUUUUCCCCUAAAGUCAAUGCAGGUG